AUGCACCUCGUCCACCCCAUCCUCCUCGCUCUUCUUACCCUCUCGACCCCGUCACUCUGCGCAAAGAAACCCAAAGACGCCAUCCUCCUCUCCUCCGUCAAAACUCUCACUCUCCGCUCCAAAGCCCUCACCUCCCACCGUCGUGUCUCCGCCAUCCCACAGCUCAAAUGCGUCGGUCCAGCCUGCAAACACCACAAUGUGGAUCUCAUGCGCUGUACAAACCAGGGAGCUUCUUACAAUGAGGAGGAUAUUGAGUGGAGCUGUGUGGCGGACAUGCCGUCCGAUUUCAAGCUGGGGAGUACCGAGGUGAUUUGUGAAGGAUAUGCGAAUAGGGAUGAUCCGUAUGUGUUGAAGGGGAGCUGUGGAGUUGAGUAUAGACUGGUGUUGACGGAGAAGGGGGAGGAGAAGUAUGGGAAGAGUGGAGGAUGGGGUAGUAAAGGUAGCUCAGAUGGGGAGGAAGGGAGUGCGUGGGGGAGAACGCUGUUUACACUUGUAUUUCUUGGGGUGCUUUUUUGGAUCAUCUACUCGGCGUGGCAGGCUCUUCCAGCUGAUGGACUGCCCAGACAGCCUAGGAGGGGUUGGGGAGGCGGAUGGGGAGGUGGAGGAUGGGGUGGCGGACCUGGUGGAGGUGGUGAUCCAUAUGAUCCUCCUCCUCCAUAUCCUGGAAAGAGAUACUCGACUCAGCAGGAAGGUUGGAGACCUGGAUUUUGGUCCGGUGCAGCUGCUGGUGCGGCAGGAGGAUACAUGGCUGGAAGUAGAGGGAACAGACAACAGCAAGCACCAAGAGGAAAUUCGUGGUUCGGAGGGGACAGUGGCGGGGGAUACAACAGUCCCUCACCUCCAGCACGAAGUAGCUCUGGUUCAAGUUCAUCGGCAAGGCACUCGAGUACAGGGUUUGGCUCAACGUCAAGAAGAUAG